AUGGUCUCGCCAAGUCUGUCCUGUAGAGCCUGCAGUCCCACCUGCAGCCUACAAACUCUUGUUCGUGCCGGGCUUAGCCCCAUUUCCGUCCGAUCCACUACGCCUCUUUUUACUUCUUUAUACUCGGGUCGCCCUUCAUGGAAAGUCGCCUCGCAGUACACUUUGAACCGUGAAUCUCGCAAAGCCUUCCACUCGACUCCCCGUCUUUCCUCAAACUCCCCACCUUCGCGCAUCUCCUAUCGGGUUGCCGUGUCCUCAACCGGUAAAGGCCGUCGAUUUCACCCCCUCAAAAAUGCAUAUAAUUUCGAUCCGAGCGUGUCAGACGCUAUAGGCGUAUCCAGCGAUAAGAGCCCGGCUGUUCGACGACGAUCCCGUCCAGAUAGUGGCGAAGAUGCUUUCUUUGUGAGCCGCGUGGGCUCUCAUCGGCAAGCCGAACAAUACACGGAAGGUGCGGAGGCGGUCGCAUUCGCUGUCGCUGAUGGUGUCGGGGGCUGGACUGAAUCUCGAGUUGACCCAGCGGACUUCUCACACGGGAUAUGUGGCCACAUGGCUGAUACAGCGCUGGCAUGGGACGAGUCUUCUGAGAAGCUGCGUCCGAAGCAGCUCCUGCAGUCUGGAUAUGACCGCGUCAAAUCUGAUCCAAGCGUCAAAGCCGGAGGUAGCACUGCUUCUGUUGGAAUUGCGCUUCCGGAUGGUCGUGUCGAGCUGGCGAAUUUGGGUGAUUCGGGUUCCGUUUUGCUUCGUCUCGCUGCAGUGCAUCACUACUCUACCCCUCAGACACAUGGCUUCAACACCCCUUACCAACUCAGCGUUAUUCCUCCCCGUAUGCGCCAACAGGCUUCCGUGUUCGGAGGCGGGUACCUUGAAGAUUUCCCCCGUGAUGCGGCCGUUACCAAUUUACAGAUGCAGCAUGGUGAUGUACUCAUGCUUGCUACCGAUGGCGUGUUCGACAACCUCAACAACCAGGAUCUACUCAAGAUUGUGUCUAGCCGAAUGCUCGUGACAGGCGCCUGGAAUGCUACACCAGACCACGGUGUUGGCGUCUCAGAUAGCCUUCGCGAGCUCACAGUCCCAGGCGGACUCGCCUCCGCGUUCCCUCCCCCCUCAGGCAUGGACGCGAAGGAGAGGAAGGAACUCGUUCGAAUGGAAUCUGAACUGACGCUUCAGUCUCUUGUUGCAGCAUCCAUCUCUGGUGAGGCUAAGAUUGCUAGUGUCGAUAUGCGCCGCGAUGGCCCUUUUGCCAAAGAGGCCCAGCGUUACUAUCCCGGUGACUAUUACCGCGGAGGAAAAGUCGAUGAUAUUUGCACCAUUGUCGUUAUCGCUAUCGACGAGAGUAUUGCCGCAAAUGGCGAUGGUUCUUAG